AUGAUUUAUGAGUUCAAGAACAUCCAUGCAAAGAUUGAUGGGAACUAUUCUGACCUCAACAACAAGUACAUGCAACUUGCCUCUCGUCUCAAGGCUUUGGAGAGUCAAGUUGCUUCUAUGCCUUCAUCCUCCAAGCAGCCAAUGGGGUCUCUACCAGGGAAACCAGAAAAGAACCCCAAUGAGUCUUGCAAUGUUGUCUUCUCCACUACUUCUCCAGAGAUUGAGCUGAGUGAUCAUGAGAAAGGGGAGGAUGAGAUUGAAAGACUGGUAUUUGGAACUGAGUUUGGGGAAGUUAAGAGAUUUGUUGUGGCCACAGCUGAAGCACAGAUUAUGAAGGACGCUGCCAGGAAGGUUGAAGCAACGAAUUUGCAAAGAGCUGAGCACAAGGCUGAGAAACAAGUUGAGAAGAGAGCUGACAACAAGCUGAAAAAGGUUAAGCUAGAGGAAGCCACUGAGGUUGAGCUAUCACCCUAUGAUAAGCUCCCUUUCCCCCAAAGAGUUCUCACCAAAGCUCAGAAGAAGGUGCUCUCCAAGUUCAGGAAAGAUCUUAGUGAUGUUGGGGUCAGGCUUCCAGAAAUCUCGGGUAUGCGUGAAACUCAUGUCCUGAUGAUGCUCAUCAAUGACAUUCUAGACCACCAAGCUGAAGUGGCCGAGCUUUUGGACAUCUCCAUUACGAAGAUUGAUCCACCAAUCCCUCCAAAGUCCCUCCCUAAGCUUGAGUCUCAAGGGAUGUUCACCUUACCUUGCUACCUUGGUAAGCUCACUUUUGGUGAUGCUCUUGUUGAUUCUGGUGCAAGUGUGAAUGUGAUCUCAAAAGAGAUGUUGAAGAGUCUAGGGAUUGAGAGCAUGGAGCCAAAAACAUCUUCCCUACAGUUUGGAGAUUCCUCUUCUACAACUCCUAUUGGUCUCAUCAAGGACUUCCCUUUGAAGAUUGGAGCAUGCACCAUUCCUAUAGACCUCACUGUUCUGAAGAUGGCAACUGAGAAGAGAGUCCCAUUGAUCCUUGGCACUCUAUUCCUUACAACAGUAGGAGCUUGCAUAGACUUUGCCAACAAGAAGGUCACACUCACCAAGGCUGAAGGGGUUGGUAUUAAGAAAGAAGGUCUUGCUGGAGAGUCCUCUAAAGAGCUGUGUGAUGAGCACUUGGAAAAUGCUACAAAGGAGGAGGUGAGUAGAGCCACAAAGGCUGCUCAUGGCAAAAAUAAGAUGAUGAAAGAACAUUACCCUCCACCUCUUGAUAUAAUGCCACAUACUCUUACUCUUCACCCAAUGAAGUUCAAGGAUGGAGCUAUUGAGUACAAGAUCAAAUGCAAGGGAAAGUCUACACCAUUCUCAAGUGCAAAAACCAUCAUCACUUCACAGCUCCAAGAUGAUCCAAUCAAGCUUCAAGAGCUUCUCUCUCAAGUCCUCACCAUCACUCUUGAAGGUGGGAAAGAUCCUCCUCUUCAUUAG